CGCGUGUUUAUGUUUUGACGGUUUCCUUGCACACUGUAAGCCGUUUACAGAUUUUAUUCAGCUGCAUUUCAGUCUCAAAGCCCUCCCUGAAGCAGGUGAUCUUCUCAAAUAAAAGAAGAUAUAGAAGGAAAACUGCGAAGUUUCAUCUUCUAUGGUUUGAGUUUCCACGUUGUUUUGAGCCGCUUGAGGGAUUCUGAUGAAUGUAAAACUUUAACUGACAUCAGGAUCGGUUUUGACACCGCACUUGAGGUAAAGAAGCUUUUCUUGCGGAAGAUCUUUUUAAAAUAUCAUCACCAGUUUUAAGAUGGAUGAAACACAAUGGUUUUAUCAGCUUUGAGAAUUUCCUACUAAGGAGAGAUCGUCGAUAAGUGUGCCGCAAUUUGAAGCUCUAAUUUAUCACAACUCGCAUUUAACGAUGAAAGCACUCAUUCACCUGCCCAGAUGAGACGAUGAGUCGACGAUUAUGGAAGGUUUCGUAAACCAUGGGGCAAGAGUUUAACAAACAGGUGCAGCCUGAAGAUGACCUCGUGGUUUUAAAAAAGUCUACAAUUCAACCUCCAUUACCAAAGCAUUUGUACCAAAAGGGUCCUUUGAACAGAUUUUCAGAUAGUGAAGUUCAAAGCAUGGUCCAUGUUUACCAAAACUUAGCAGCUCUGUCUCCCAGGGACAAACAAAUUGAUAAGAAAACAUUCAUGCACUAUUUCCCAUUGGAUGGAGUUCUGGCAGAAAGGCUGUUUGUGGCUUUUGAUAAAGACAGAAAUGGACAUAUUGACUGUGAUGAAUUUUUAGGUGGACUUGCUCUAUGUUUAAGGGGUUCCACAGCUGAAAGAGGACAAAUUAUCUUUGACAUGUUUAACCUCGAUGGGACAGAUGGAGUGAGUGUUUCCGAGAUCAGCGUGAUGUUGAAGUCCGUUCUUUCCGCCGCCGUUAGAAUCAUCCAUGUUCGAGAGGGCCAGAGUUUAGAUGCCGAUGACCGCGUGGCGUUAACAGAUGUUGAUAAUGAAGUAGAGAACCUUGUCAGUGAUGCGGUCAGCCAAUGCGAUGAGAGUGCGAAUGGAAAACUGACCAAGGCAGAGUUCGUAAGCUGGAUGAGAAGACACCCUCUCAUUGUGGACUCGGUAUUUCAACAUUCGAGUAUUAAGGACAAACAGUUCAACACAGGAUUACAACAUGACCGUGGUCAAAAGAGCCAGAGGCCACCUGGGUUUGUGACAACAACACGUCAGGGAGCACGGCAAACAGAACUGUUGAGCCAAACAUGGGUUGAUGGGCUGCAAGAGAGCGUUGAUGAAGAUGAACCUGUGUUCAACGGUAGUUAUGCAGACGCAGAGUAUCUGUGGAGUCCAGUCUUCCCAGCUAGUCCUAGCAUGCCUUGUGCACGCAGUAGGCACUCAGUGUGUGUUUGGGGCGGUGGUGUGUUUGUGUAUGGAGGUCGGGGAACUAGAGGAACUCUUAAAGACUUCUGGAGAUACGAUAUAGCCAAUAACACGUGGAGCAACGUAAUAGUUGAAGGCGAGUUCAGACCGCCAUGCUUACAGGAACAUACUGCACUCACUUACAAGGGCAAUAUGUUUAUAUUUGGGGGAGAAUUCACCUCAACCAACGAGACGCCAUUGUGGACAUUCAACUUUCGUGCGAGGGAGUGGAGGAAACAAGCGGCAAAGUCAUGGGGCCCAGGUACGCGACGGUCCCACACGGCCGUGAUUCACGAGAGUUCGAUGUUCGUGUUUGGUGGUUACAUUGAUAUGAGAGGUGCCAGUGAUGAACUUUGGCAAUACGAAUUAGACACUGCGAGAUGGGUCAGGGUCAAAUGGAAGAGAGAGGGACCAUGCCCUCGUUACAGUCAUUCAGCGGCUGUAGGAGCCGGUGGCAUGUGGGUGUAUGGGGGCUUGGAAGGUCUACAGUCCAAGAACGAUCUGUGGAGAUGGAGCUUUGUGAGUCACUCUUGGACGCGGAUAAAGAGCCGAGGAGGUCCGCCGGCUUUGUUUGGUCACUCUGCAGUUAACGUUGGAGAAGGCAUGUUGAUAUUUGGAGGUGAAACUAGCGACGGUGCUUUGCUCAAUACAAUAUGGCGGUUUGAUUUGGGUGCCCGCACGUGGAGCACGGUUCGUCCACGUGGAGACAUAUCCCCACCCGUCCGUAGCUGUUUCUCAGUAGGAGUAGUUUCUUCGUCCGCUUUUUUUUCCAUUCGACCGUCCACGGCUCACUCUGCCCCACCUUGCACCCCCAUGCCUUCAGGCUUCUUGGGAGAUGAGAGGCUCAACAGCAGGCCGUCCACCACCAGGCCGGAAUCUUGGUGUGAAUCAGUUGCUCGGUGGGACAGGUCUUCAGCAUCACUGGGUUCUCUUGACUCCACGGUGCCGUUUCAUAGUUCAGGGUUAAGUGUUGGCGACAAUAAACGCAGUCAAGCUCGACCGGCGUCCAUGUUUAGUUCAGAGGUGUACGAGAAUUCAAGAGGAAUGACUCUUUCAGAUGAUUCUCUUCAUCCACAUCCGAAUCAAACUACUGCACAAAACGAUCGUCCUGUUAAAGCACACACUCUUCCAGCACAUAGUGUCACCUCGGUUAAAAAAAGCCGGGUGUACAGUCAAGAACUUUUGAACGUCAAUUCUCCUGUUAGCGCUGAUGUAAGGAAAAAUUUAAGCCAUCCAUUUGCCUGUUUAUUGGUUCUUGGCGGCAAGACGCGCACACAGGCGGAUUUGGGAAAAAGCAUCGACAUAUGGCGGUGUGAUAUCGAUCCAGAGAAGAGACACCCAACAGAGCGAGUGGAAAAGAUCGUUGUGUCUGGCAACAAUCACAUGACUACGCCCACUGUUCGCUACUUUCAGUUGGAGCAUUACGAUGACAUGGACACUGAAUCAGUGGGAGGCGAUCUGGUCUUAGCAGACUUGUCUGAUAGCGAUACGCGUAGUGUUGAUUUCCUACUGGACGAUUUCCGCUUGGACGCAUCACAUGGUGUCCCAAAAGUGUCCGUGUGAAUCAGUGACGUCAAAGAAAGAACUCAAUUUUCGACAUUGUCGUCCCCAGGAUCUCUCUCUUUUUCUUUCAUCUGCCUACUUUUGUGAAAAUCCGCCCAGCUUCGUGCCUAACCCUUAAACUCCCAGAUCAAAUUUGUAAUUCUCCUUACUGUCAACCAUACAAUUCUUAUAAUGUUACUUCAGAGAAUUUAAUAUUGGAUCAACUAAUUAUCCCCAAAUUGAUAUUUUUCUUUAUUCUCAUCACUUAUCUGGUUGAUAUUGUAUUGAUUUAACAAGGAGAAAUUCUGUCUUGGUCACUCGUGGGAGUUAGACCUUCCCUUUACCCUCGUCUUUCCCUCGAAGAUUGUGAAAGGGAGAGGUUAGAUCCUCGCCCCAGCCCAACACGAGGAUGGGAAGAAGAGUGAGAUCUGGUGCCGAGAAUGUGCUU